GUGAGACUCACCGUCGCACAAUCGAGACUGGAGAAAGGAAGAGUCGCUGGACGGUCGAGUUUUCGUCGCCCGGGGCGAACCCGAAAGUGUUUUCGCUGCUCAAUCAGAAAGUACUGGACCAUGACGAAAGAUCGGCAUCGAUCGAACAACAAGAAAAUAUCGAGAGAAGAAGUGGGUUCCUUCUUGUUGACGUUCACCGGCCUGCUUGGUGGCAGUCUCCCACUUGACGGACCCCGAGAACUCUUCCCGCGUCGCGGAGAAGUAAAACUCACGGACGUUUUCCGAUCUCCAACAGUCCCGAACUCGUCCCCGUCGACGUGCGAACUCGUUAGGCCCCGCAACUGGUAUAGCUGGCGUAUCAGCUCAGCCUCUUCCUGAUCUCGUCUCUUCCUGAACACGGGAAGGAAGGAAGGAAGGAAGGAAGUCGCCGCGGUGAAUUCAAUGCCUGGCAUCCCCUGGACGCGAGAGGCGCUUCUCCCGCGUGAUUAAGCGCGAACACGACCGAUAAGAUCGAAGAGGCUAAGAACAAACGUCAAAACAAUAGGGAGACCUCGCGUCUGAUCUCACGAGUGAGAUUAUUUUAAGGGGAAGGCGGAUUCAUCUUUAUUUAUACAAGGAUCGUCGACCGAGAUAGGCUACCGAGAGAGAAUUUGUAAAUUAAUACAGGCGAGAGAGGGUUCUCUCUGAUGUACCGGUGGUGAAAUUCGAAAGAAGAAUACAACGGGUGCUUCGUCAUAGUGUAGACGUUGAUUUAGAGCCAGGAACGGAAUUCAUCCUCCGUGAUGAGGCAGAGAUACUUCUUGUGUUUUCUGUGGACCGCGUUGACACUGCGGGGAGACAUCCUCGUGGCGGCUGAGGCCGAUCCUGCAAUUUUAAACGGCGCCGACUUACCCCAUCUUCAACAGGGUCGCAUUGUGAACGAUCCGCGACCUCGUCUCUCGGCUUCUCAGCAAGCCCAGAUACUGAGCGAUGUGCAACAGCACCAGCAACAGUACCGGCAACGUCCCAUUCAAGAUUUCAAGAAUCCGCGGGUUUCCUCGUUCGAGCAAGCACAAUCGAGCACGCCGUACUCCUCCCUGGCCAAGUACAAAGUUGAUCGAGCGAAACAACAGUUGCAACAGUUGCAGCAGCAGCAACAACAAGUGCAACAGCUUCUGCAACAACAACAACAGAAGAUUGCCCAGCAACUCGGUACUUCGAACUUCGUGAACGGUGGCAGCGGCGGUGGCAGCGGCGGCGUGCAAACGCCACAAUACCAGCAACGGCAGCAAUACCAGCAACAACAAUACAAUCAGUACAAUCAGAAUGGCUUCCAAAAUCUUCAACAGGACUUGUCGCAACCGCUGUUCAGCGAUCAGCAGACGGUACAGUUACAGGAAUAUCUGGAGAAGCAGCGCGAGCUGGAGCUGCUCCAGAAGCAACGGCAGCAGCUGCUGUACGAGCAACAGGAAUUGCGCAGGCAGCAGGAACUGCUGCGACUUCAGCAACUCCAGAGGCUCACUUCCACUACGCCACUUCCACCUACCGCGACAUCGAUCCCGAUCACCGUUAGCACCACUUCCUCACCGUUGUUGCUAUCUUCGCCGUCGGCGCGACGUAUCACGCCGUCGGAAGCGGAGCUUUUCCUUAAAGCAAUUGCUAGCCAUCAGAAGAAGUAUACGACGACAGCAGCAAGCACGACUACAACGACCACUACCACGCAACCACCUCCGCCAUCCAGACGUCUGAUUACCUCUAAUGCUCAUCAGGAGACAGAUAUACCGGAGAACUUGCUCAGCCUGCUUCAGGGUCAAGAGAGUCAAUUGUUGCAGCAAGGUAAACCGAAGCCGCAGAUCAAGGUGAUCUAUCAGACCGAUAAACCCAGCACGACGAGACAGACUUCCAGCGGCAGAAGCAGGAACUCUCCACAGUCUGAGCGGGAAUUGUUGCUGAAGCAACUCAAACUCGCUCUAUCUCAGUCCGGCGAUGACGAUGACGUUGUCAGGAAUGUCACUACCAGGGAUCUGAUACUACCGAACGGCAAGAAGAUUCAGGUUAUUCACGCGCCGAACGGUUUAUCAUCCAUCGCAUCGAGUUCCACUAUUCAGACGUCAGCUAUACCGUCCUCGACGACCACCAUCAAGCCUCCGAAGGCGCUCUUCGAGGAGCUGACAAAGGGCGGCGUACUGCCACCGGGUGCCGAUUUCGAGAUCAUCCGGCAGAAGAGCGACGGCAGGCUCGAGGAGAUCGGCAAGACGCCGAUAAUCCAGAAUCUACCGGCGAAGAAAGUCACGUUCGUUUUGUUGGAGGAACAGCCGGACGGCAGUUACAAGGUGCAGGGUAUCAAGGGUAACGCCAACGACAAGGAGAGUGGCACCGACGUCGAGUCCAUCGUCGAGAAGAUCAAGAAGGGCGAGCUGAAGUUGCCGCCCAGCUCGCUCGGACCGACCACGCAAUCGUCUACGCUAGAACAUCUCGAGUCCAGCAUCGAUCCGAAUCUGAUAGUGUCCACUGGUACGUCCAGAACGCCGAUAUCAUCUCAUCACUCCGUCAGCACGAAGGCGGCGACCUUCAGACCCACCACCGUCAGAUCUACCUCGACCAGAUACGAAAGCAAGUCGACGACGGAAUACAUCCCCUACGUCACGGUAUCGCCAAACUCGGUGUCUACCACUGACAAAUACGUGACCUCGGCGUCCAGCGUCACGGGCCACGUAUAUAACUCCCUGAACACCAGCCCGACGAAGACAACCCUGUCGGAUCACAUCCCGCGGGUGACCACCAAGUACUCGUCCACCAGGAGCCAGUUCAUCCCAACGAUGGCGCCGGUGAACGAGAUCGUAACGACGGCGACGACUCCGGCGACUUACUCGCAUCAUACGCCGAACUAUGUCUAUUUCUCCAAGUAUCCAUCCACGGAGACCUCGUCGACCUCAGCGGAGGAGGUGAAAACUCAAGGUUCGCAGGAGAAUCUAGCCACGUUAUUGAGAAAGGAAGGCCUCUUCGCUAUGGCAAAAUACCUGAGGCAGUCGGGACUGGAUAAUGUGCUGAACGAAACCGGUCCGUACACCAUAUUCGUCCCUACGGACAAAGCCUUCAGGACGUUGAUGGUGCAGCUGGGAGGGCCAGAGAAAGCUGAGCAGAAGUUCCACGACAAUCCAAGACUUCUAAGUGGGCUUCUUCUUCACCACGUCAUACCAGGAGCCUUCAGGAUCGAUUCCCUGCAGGACGAGAUGACCGGCGUCAGUCUCGCAGGAACGCAAUUGCGGGUGAACGAGUACACGAUGCAGGAUCACGAAUGGAACGACGUGAAAGUAACGGCGAUAAACGGGGCGCGAGUCGCGCCCAACAAACGGGACAUCGAGAUUCCUCAAGGUAUCGCCCACGCCGUCGACAGGGUCAUGUUCCCGCUUCCGGUCGGAGAUUUGGUGCAAACUCUGCAAGCCGAUCGUGAGAGGAGGUUCACCACAUUCCUCAGAAUGCUGCACGUGUCGGGCUUGGAGGACACGCUCACAGGACCGAAGACGUUCACCAUCUUCGCACCAACCGAUUCCGCUUUCACCGAUGCGUCCACGAAGAACGGCGCUCCAAUUUGGACCGAUGAGGACGGGCCGGAAGCGGCGAAGGCGAUAAUCUCGCGGCACGUGAUUCCCACGACUCUUUACACGGCCGGCAUGAGAUAUUACAUUCAAAAGGACACCCUUCGUCCACAAUCACCGGUUCAUAUCCACAAAAACGGCGGACGCGUACGAGUGAACGAGGCACACGUUGUGACGCAUAAUGUGCCAGCGACGAACGGUGUGUUACAUGCUAUCGACGGUGUUCUAUAAAACGACAGUUCGUAAUGAAUGCAAAUUGACGAUUAAGAUGCACAGAUUGCAAUCAUGCAGGUGAUAAUCGUAUAAUAAUUCGUCACAUUAAACGCAAUUGUAUCUAUUGUAUAAUUUCUCGAAAAGUUGAUGAGCUCGACAUAUCAAGUGAAUGUAAAUUGCUUGCGUGAGUGCGGUGAAACGUGUGGCAAUUAAAUCGAGUUAUAUUAAAGU